AUGGCCUACGAUUUGACUCUGAUCAUCACCAUCUACUUCAUUCCUCUGAUAGUCAUUUGUCUAAGUCAUCAUAUAGUUACCCAACAACUGCGUCGUUCUCAUCAAAUGCUUAGUCUCAUGGGACAUGCAAUCAGCGCAAAGUGGAGACGUCGCCGUCAACGCCUCAUUCGUCUAUGCGUGCUAAUGACGACCCUCUUCGUGCUGUCCUGGUUUCCCAAUCACCUCUGCAAUAUCCUCACCAAAAUUUUUGACGUUCGUGGAGAUACUGCGGAGACUCUACAAGAUUACGCCCUUUGUCUGGGCAUCUCUAACACUGUCAGUGAGCCUCUACUUCUCAUAAUAACUUGUUCGGCUUAUCAACGCUUUAUUCGACGUCUACUUGCACGUUGGAGUUUGGUGAAAUCGACCACAGAUGCUGUGGAACCCAUUGUCUCUUCCAGCAUUGGUGUACCGGUCCUUCCCACCCCUGUUCCUCAACUGACCAAUGAGGGUAAGAGUGAGUCGCAGGUGGAGCCCCCGGUGCAAAAUGAAACUUAA